AUGAAAAUAAAUUUAUUAUUUCUAAAUUAGAAAUCACAUUUAUUUUAUCAAAAUUUAAUUUAAUAUUAAUUGUUUUUAAUAAAUUCUUAGCUAAAAUUGAAAUUUAUAAAAAUAAAUAAACACAAAGAAAUAGAAUUUCAUUAGAUGCAGAAUUUAUUUAUAAAAGAUGAAAAUAAAUUUACCAUUGAUCUAGAUAACUUUUAUUUACUUCAAAACUAAAAUAUGAAUAUUAAUGAAUCAAUUAAUAAAGAUUAUAAAUAAAUAGAGUUGCUUAAGGUCAAUUUUAAUUCUUUGAAAUUUGAUGGAGAUUAUUUUUUAUAAAAUCUUUAUGAAUUAUCUUCGAAAUGCACAAGCUUAAUAUCAUUAAGUAUUUGUUUGGAUUCAACAUUAAUAAAUGAUUUGUCUUUGGUUUCAAUUUAGAAAUUACUCUCGAAUUCCUUAAAAAUUAAGUGUCUAUAAUUAAAUCUAUCAUAAAAUCUAAUUACAAAGGAAGGAGCAUACAUAUUAGCUAAGGGAAUAAGAGGAAAUUUAAAUUUGUAGUCAAUUUCUUUGAAUUUUGAGUAAGCAACUAAUUAUUUUUAUUUUUACUUUAAAAUAUUUUAGUAAAAAUUAGAUUUGUAGUUAAGGACUAAAAAGUUUAUCAAACUCUUUAAGGGAACUUAAAUAUUUAACUUAACUAGAGCUUAGCUUGGAGUAAGUUUUUAUUUUAAUUUUUUCCUUAAACUUCAAAAAUAUAUUAGGAAAAAUUAAAUUGAGUCAGAUGCAGCAAUAGAAUUUGGAAAACUGUUAGAAUAAACCUAACAAUUAGAAUCUUUAGUGCUCAAUUUUAAUAAUAACAAAAUUAAAACAGAAGGUGCAUUUUAAAUUUGUAAAGGAAUAUCUAAGUGUAGUAAAAUCAAAGAUUUAGUGUUGAUGUUUAACAAUAUUUACCUGAUUUACGAUUAAUAAAAAUACGGACUUUAGCCUUUAGGUAUUUAAAUUAGUAAAUGCAGACAUUUAAAAAAGUUAGUUUUAGAUUUAGGCUAAAAUUCAAAUUCUAGCUACAAUGAGCUUUUACCGAUUUUAACUAAUUGCACAAAUUUAAGACAUUUGUAGUUUGACUUUAAUUCAAAAACAACGGAGUUUUAAUUAAAAAGUGAAUUGAAUUAGUUCUAUUUUGUUAUAGAAAGAGCUAAUUACAUAACAUAUCUUUCUCUUAAAAUAGAAAAUUACACUUUUGGAACUUAAGGAGGAUAACUAUUGGUCAAUGAAUUGCUUAAAUGUAAAAAUUUAAUAACUCUCUAGCUUAGUUUGAUAGAAACAAACAUCUCAAUUGCUGACUUUGAAUCACUUAUUUUGGAAUCUAGGAGGAGAUUAAAUCUUAGCUAAUUUUAUUGCAUUGUUUAGUAGUCUUGGCUGACAUAACUUCAACUCAAAAAAAGCAAAUAUUAAUAUCUAUUUAAAAAGAGUGCUAAAAUGGUUUAAUACUCUUUGGUAUUUACUAAAUCCUUUUGA